AUCUAGAUGUGUGGUAGAGUUUGAAUAGAGCUUCUUUCUGCACUCCUACACAGGCAGGAGCGAGAGGCCCCUGGAGUCGCUGGCACUGGGAGCGCUGCAGCAUCAACGGUAACAAUGACCCCCCUGCUUCUGCUGUGUUUGUCUUUGCUGCCCUUCAUCUCGGCAACAAUAUCAUUUGAAGACCAAGAUGACGUGGACGGCACGUUGCGUGUCAGCAUCCCUAUGGAGAUGCCUCUCCGUCCUCUGCUAGGAGACAAGAUCUUGGUGCCAUGUUACUUUCAGGACAACACUGUCAACGACCCUGGAGCCCCAACCAUCGCCCCGCUCUCACACCGCAUCAAAUGGACUUACGUCACUAAGGAGAAAGUCAGCACAAUCCUGGUGGCGUCAGAGGGCAAAGUUCAAGUGGAGACAGAGUAUUUGGAUAGAGUGACAAUGGUCAACUACCCGCUGGUGCCCACUGAUGCCACCAUGGAAAUGACAGAACUGAGGUCCAAAGAUUCUGGCACCUACCGGUGCGAGGUGAUGCAUGGCAUCGAGGACAACUACGACUCUGUGGAUAUCCAGGUUCAGGGAAUUGUUUUCCACUACCGGGCCAUCUCCACCCGUUACACUCUGACAUUUGAAAAGGCCAAGGCAGCCUGUAUCCAGAACAGUGCCACCAUCGCUACUCCAGCCCAGCUCCAGGCUGCCUAUGAUGAUGGAUAUCACCAGUGUGAUGCUGGAUGGCUUUCUGAUCAGACUGUCAGAUACCCCAUCCAUGAGCCACGGGACCGUUGCUAUGGUGACAAGGAAACCUUCCCCGGUGUGAGAACUUAUGGCGUGAGAGACGUCAACGAGACCUAUGACGUGUAUUGUUUUGCAGAGAAGAUGUCAGGCAGAGUCUUCUACUCCAUGUCCGUAGAGAAAUUUACCUUCUAUGAAGCAGGAGAUCAGUGUGCCAAACUGGGUGCCAGACUCGCCACUACCGGAGAGCUUUACCUUGCCUGGAAAGGAGGCAUGGAUGUGUGUAACGCUGGCUGGCUGGGCGACAGGAGCGUACGUUACCCCAUCAACAUCGCCAGGCCUCAGUGUGGAGGGGGACUCCUGGGAGUGCGAACCGUCUACCUGUUCCCCAACCAGACAGGAUACCCCUACCCAGACUCUCGCUACGAUGCCAUCUGCUUUCAGGCUGGUGAGGAUGAAGGUGUGGUGCCUGAGAGGACCACCCCUUUCCCUGACAUCAUCAAAAUGACAACUGCCCCUGGACUGUUGCCAAGCAGCACCACUUCGGCUGAACAUACGGAGAUUAGGUCUGGAGGAGUGGACACUUUCUCCCCACGGCCCAUCCCACCCAGUGUGACAGACACACUGACCCCUGUGAUCCCUGAGCCUGCACUGGGUCUGACAGAUAUAUAUGCUGCCAUGGGUCCCACCGGUGUGGUGUUCCACUACCGGCCCAUCACCGGUCGGUACACUCUGACCUUUUCAGAGGCUCAGCAGGCUUGCCAAAAUAUUGGGGCGGUCAUCGCUAGCCCUCCACAGCUGCAGGCAGCCUUUGAGAAAGGUCUACACCAAUGUGAUGCUGGCUGGCUGCGCGACCAAACCGUCCGGUAUCCAAUCGUGUCACCCAGAGAUAACUGUGCUGGUAAUCUGCCACACCUUCCAGGAGUUCGAUCCUACGGCCUGAGACCGGCCACUGAGCGCUAUGAUGUAUUCUGUUAUGUAGAACGUCUCAGAGGUGAGGUCUUCUUCACCAGCGACUAUGACAGUUUCUCCUAUGAGGAGGCUGUGCAGCACUGUCAGAAACUCAACACCACCCUGGCUGCCCCUGGGCAGCUGUAUGCUGCCUGGAAUCAAGGACUUGACAAGUGUCGUCCAGGCUGGCUGAUGGACCGCAGUGUCCGUUACCCCAUCACAACCCCCAGAUCUCACUGUGGUGGCGGACAGGUGGGAGUCCACAUCAUCUACGCAUUCCCCAACCAGACAGGCUUCCCUGAUGAGCACUCACGCUACGACGCCUACUGUUUUAAAGCUGAAUUUCCUGUUGUUCAUGCUGAAAAUGAAACCAGUGUAGACCUGACGAUAGUGACUGUGGAUGUUAUCAACAAGACAACAGUCACAGUUGAACACUUUGCUCCCACUGUUGAGACUACUGUAGACUACAACGACACUGAAACCCACGUAACUAUUACUGAAACUGAGUUUAUCAACAAGACAACCGUCACAACUCAACAAGUUGCUCCUACUGUGAGACCAGUUUUACCUCCACCCCCAGUUGAUGCGUCCGGCUCUGGGUCAGCCAGUGGAGAGAUCUCUGGGGAGUCUGGAGCCUCCAGCACCAGUGGUGAAGCGUCUGGGUCAGGGCAGGACGUCAUCUUCAGCGGACACACUGAUGUCUUCUCUGGAGACCAGUCAGCCUCUGGAGGCCCACAGGAGGCCGAAGGAGGAAGUUCUGUCAUCUUCACAUCUGGAGACCCUGGCAGUGCAUCUGGAUCUGGAUCUGGAUCUGGAUCUGGAUUUGUUGAAGGGUAUGACAGGCAACAUUCUGGCUCCGGUAUAUCAGGAUCAGGUUUUGCCAGUGGAAGUGGAGACAUCAGUGGAGAAUCAAUGAUCAUCAUGGUUGAUGGAAAGAUGGUGGAGGUGUCAAAAACCCACCAAACAUCCACUGAACAGGAACUUGGCCAGAGCGGCAUCGAUACCAGUGGGAGCUUCUUGGAAUCAAGUGUGUCUGGAUCAGGAGGUAUGUCUGGGUCAGGCUUCAGUGGGUUUUCUGGCAUUUCAUUUGUCGACCACAGUGCCAUUGACCUAACAGUCCAACCGUCUGGGGAGCAAGAGGUGUCCGGAUAUCACCCCUUUGGAUCAGGGUUCCGCGGCGGUUUCCCAAGUGGUUUUCCAUCCGGUGUUUCAAGCAGUGGAUCUGCCUCUGGAGACUCUUUCCAGCAUCGUGGUGACGUCAUCUACAUAACAGAUGAUGAGAUGAUAGAGAUGACUGCAUCACCACUGGAACGCCAGCCUGAGCAGGGUCGAGGUGUGGUAGAGGUAAGCGGGGAAGGAAGUGGGUCAGCGAUCCACCAUGAAUUCAGUGGCAGCUUCCAUCUCUCAGGAAGUGGAGCUCCUCAUGAAAGACCAACUGCUGAGGGACUCUCUAUCACCCUGCCGCCUGGCUCUACAAUGACUCACACAGAGUACAUUGCCUCUUUUGGCCAAUCUGGACUUGGGGAGAUUGGUCAGGAAGAGCCCACUCCAGCAGUAGUGACUCCAGACGCAGCCUACACCAGCCCAACCACAGCGCCAUCCGUGUCAUUCGCAACUCCUGCUGUUGUGGAGCAGCCUCAAGUAGUAGCAGACCUCUGUGAUCCAAACCCAUGUGGUUCAGGAACCUGCUCUGUGCAGAGAGACAUCGCUGUGUGUCAGUGUCCUACUGGAUUCACUGGUGAUGACUGUUCAACACCUGUGCAGGGCUGUGCUGAGGGCUGGCUGGAGUUCAUGGGGAACUGUUACCUCCACUUUGCGGAAAGAGUCACCUGGUCUGAGGCAGAACAACGCUGUCAGGAGCUCAAUGCUCACCUGGUCAGCAUCAGCUCCCAGGAGGAACAGCAGUUUGUCAACACCCACGGUCAGGACUACCAGUGGAUUGGACUUAAUGACAAAGACGUACAGAAUGAGUUCCGCUGGACAGAUGGUAGUCCUCUGUCUUUUGUGAACUGGAGGCCUAACCAGCCAGACAACUACUUCAACUCUGGGGAGGAUUGUGUUGUGAUGAUCUGGCAAGAGGGCGGACAGUGGAAUGAUGUGCCUUGCAACUACCACCUUCCCUUCACCUGCAAGACUGGACCUGUGAUGUGUGGAGCUCCCCCAGAGGUGGAACACGGCCGACCGAUGGGCAGCAGCAGACAGCGCUACCCCGUUGACUCCAUAGUCCGCUACCAGUGUGACGCAGGCUUCACACAGCGCCACCUGCCUGUCAUACGCUGUCUGACAAAUGGACAGUGGGAAGAGCCACAAGUGGAAUGUACAGAAGCCGGCGCCAACAGUAACCGACUACACAAAAGGUCCCUCAGGAGAAGAAGUCAAGGGGUCAGCAGCCGACAGGAACAGAGGAAACUCCACUGAGCGGGACUGAAAGGACAUACAACAGAGAGCCACAAAGGACCCCUCUUGUAAAGAAGCAUGGACUCCAAUGCAAAUGCCCGACCAAAAAGAUAGCUUUCCCUCCCAUGUAUAUGCACACAAUGAAGCACAUUUAGACAGUGAUAGUGUAACUGACAGAUGUUUUGGACCUUUGAGUGUCACCCUGCACCUUCUCAAGGCAGUUUUUCUUUGUAUUUAUAAUUUAUAACUGCAAUCCAGUAUUUGAAAUUACUAUCUCAAUGCACAUGCUAAUCUUUUCUGCAAUCAGCUGCCAGCACUGCACAAACGGUAAGGUCAAUAAAAUUGACAAACAGGGACACAAGAGGCUGAAGAGUGACACACAAAGUCUAAAACAGCCCAGUAAAAGUAUUUUAGGUUCCCUGAAGUCAAACACAUUGUUACUAUAGACUUUUGCUAUAUUUUUAGGGUAUUUUUAUAGAUCUGUGUUUCUUAGCAUUUUUUUAUUUUUUUCUUUAUUUAGUCUCAGAGUCUUCAGACAACAUCUGUGAACUUCAAAUGGCUGAGACCAACAGUUUUUUUUUUUUUACAUUGUAGGCCAACACAGUGAUUAUCAAACUUUGUAGUUGUGACAUUGAUACGUGAUACAAUAUGGCUGUUUCAUCGGAUUUGUCAGGCUCUCAAAAAUCUGAGCAAAAGCGGUAAUAAACACAUAAUGUAUUAUAUACGAACUAUCAUUCAUGCCUUUAGAAUGAUUCUGUCACAACCUGAAGUUUGACAUCCACUGUGCUGCGACACCAACACCGUAUCAGAUGUACUGAUAAGAUUGUGCUGUUCCAUUUAAUGAUGAAUAGAAAUCCAAGUUCAAGAUAUGAUUAAAGUGCAACAAACCUGGAUUGAAAUUGUCAGCACUCAUGCACUUUUGAGGUUUUCACUCACGUCUGUGCUAAUUAUUUGAAUCCAGUGCACCUUAAGCUGUUAAAUAAAGAAAGAAAAUCCUCAUCUGUGGCAAAACGUGACAAGGAAACCAGUAGCAAGUGUGAUCUGAUACUGCCAGGACAAUGCACAAGGCCACGUCACUGGGUCACGUGAUGCUGUAAAAGAUGAACAUCAAGUUUUGCAGGUCAGAGUUUUUAUUUGUCACCUCUAGAAAUCCAUCCAUGAUCUCUGUCAACCCACCAAUAUGAGAAUCAUGGAUGUUUGAAGUGACAAGCUUCUAACUGUAUAUAUUCUCACUGUUAUUUUCUGAACAGCAGGAUCUGUCAAUAACUUACACAGAGCAGACAAUUUAAUAGUUUAUUAGAUUUAUUCAUCAGCCUGUUUACUGAUUUGUUAGUAAAAUAACUGGAUCUUGUACUUAUACAUUACCAACCAAAUGGGCCUUACUGGUUUAACAGCAACUGUACAGAAGAAGAAACAAAUUGGUGAUUUUUUUUCUCUUUGUUUGAUUAAAGCCUCUGAUAUCUUUGUGGAGGUUUCUGUCUGUGUGUCAGCAACAGAAAUGUGCUCCUUAAAAAAACUGAGAAGUUAGAAGCUGUGAAAGCACUAGAAAAUAUAAGAAUGAUGUGGAGAAGGUGGAGGUGGAUGGGGGCUGUAACAUGUUGACCAUGACCUUUUAAGGUCAUAAUUUGUUUCAACUCUGAGAGCAGACAGAUACUUUAGUCCUUAUCUGACUUCACAUAGAACAACUCAUAAGUACUGAGUCUUUCACAGACACACACACAUUCAGUAAACAUCACAGAAUGUGAAAGAUGAGAAAACCUUAGUAUACCACAGCACAAAGUGCCUUGCUUUUUUCAGAUUCUAGACAAACAAAUAUAUGAAUGAAGUCAGUUUGGAUGCUUCUACUGUGUACUGGAGUUUGUACAGAAUAAUCUCAAAUUUCAAUAUUAGGGAAACAUGACAAGUAAUGGUGUAGAGGACAGCUGAAGGAAACCAUUGUGUUAGAAAUAAGUGUGUGUCUGUAUCAAUUUUCCAUUUACUGAUUCUUCAACAAACCUAAACAAAAUAAACCAAAACAUGAGUAAUGACUCACACAGACAUCAUGUCUGUGGUGACUUUGUUCAGAUCCCGAAUUCUGAUGUGAACAUGCAGUAAAUUGUACUGUGCAGUACCAAAUAAAACUUGGAAUCAAG